AUGGCCGACGAGAACGAUGGCGAGAACAUUGUGGCCGAGAAUGAGAAACGAAAAAGAACCGUGUCCCCCAAAACAACGGUGCGGUCGCCUGCCGCGAAAGGACAGUCCGAAGACGACGACAGUGGGUCACAGUGCUCGAUCUGUCUGGACGAUUGGACGAUUUCGGGCGAACACCGCGUGGUGUCCCUGAAGUGCGGUCAUCUGUUCGGCCUGUCGUGCAUCACCCGAUGGCUGGAGAGCAAUUUGGCCUCCCAACGGUGUUGCGCCACGUGCAAAACUAAAGCUUCCCUGCGCGAUUUCCGUCCCAUUUACGCCAAAGCUAUCCGAGGGUUAGAUACGACCCGCGAAGAGGCACUACGGGCGAAGCUGACGAUCGAGCGAGACAGGGUGGCCGAAUUACGCAUCAAGCUCGGGGCAGCAAAUUCGGAUCUAGCCUACCAGCGCCGGCUGGUCGACCAGUACAAAGCGAAGCUCGAUGGGCUGAACGCCAAGGCUGAUACCGCCGAGGUGCUGAUGCCGACCGGGCGCCGGACGACGUACAUGCUGCACAUGGACAAGAACAUCCAAAUAAGCGCAGAGCCGGGCUGUCGGGUGAUGGCGUUCGCAGCCGGGCCUCAAAUUUUACUGAUUUCGCUCAAGUCUACCCAAGGGCUGUUCCCGGGAUAUGCGGUGCGCUUGCUGCAGGGCCCCGAGUUUAUUGCAGGCGGCACCGUGCUCGUUUCGUCGCAAUCGAUUCGGGACAUCGCGGUAGAUGCGGCGGAUGCUCUGUUCGCUUGCGCUACGAUGGAGAAAACGGUCAAGGUAUUCUCCAUCGAACAGCGCAGCAUAAAACUCACGAUCACGCCGAAUCCGGAAGCGGCCGUGUGGUCGUGUGCCUUCGAUAAGAAGCGGCCCACGUGUCUGUACCUCGGAACGCUCCGCGGCUCCGUGUACGUGUACGAUAUUCGUCAGCCGGAACAGUGCCUGAAGGAGUUCCAGGUGGGCCACGAGCAGAAUGACUUCACGGCCGUCAUUAGAAUCUGUCCGGUCGAACCGACGGCCACCGUACCGUUUGGAGGCUUUCUGGUCUGCAAGCUCAAGUCGCUGUGGUUCUUCGAGUAUACCGCCUCGGAGCAGGUUACGGAGAAUCGGCUCAACCUCGACGGGCCGUUCUGGUCCAUGAGCUACAAUGCGGACAGCCAGUUGAUUCUCGUCACGCAGCGUGUCACACGCAACGGCCAGCGGACAACGCACGUGCUGGGGAUGCUCGAGAAACUGGGCGAUGUCUUUUCCCUGGCUGUGCAGCACAAGUUCGAGGGGUCACAAGUGCAGACGACGAUGCUACGCAAUGCCCAACUACUGCUGCCCAACGGUCAGGACACACUAGUGGUGUCCUUCCUGGAGGACGACCGUAAGCUGGCCACUUGGAGCACCAACUGUGGACCUCGCCCGAUUCAGAAGCUACAGAUGGGCGAUACCAUACUGGACAUUUGCCCGGUGAAGCUCACACCACACCAAACGCACGUGGCCACUCUGUGCGGUCGCCGUUGUCGGAUUUAUCACCUCGAGAGUGCAAAGCCUCUAACUUGGUAAUGGACACGAAUUGCAUUUGCAUUCGCCAUUCGGAUACUGAUCGAUGCCGUGCUGCUGGUU